CAUCAGCCGUGCGCUCAUUCAGGUUCUCGUCCGUAUUCGUGCGAUCAAUAGAAGCACUCUACUAGUACAACUCCUUCCAGCUCCUGCAGUUCUACUAGGUAGUUGUAGAAGUAAAUAUUCUCUCGUGCAAGAAGUCUACUGUCAUGCAUUUUUUUCGUUUCUUUGCUGGAAAUCUUUAUGAGUAAGGACGCUUACAAUACGGCAAAGAUGCAGAAGGACCGAAGACUUAUUUCAAUAAGAAGUCUUUGGUUGGUAGGUCGAUCUCUUAUCAGACUUCUUCGAAUGUCGUCGGUUGGUUACUGAACUCACUUUCAUGUUUUUGAGCUCGCCCUCGCUCGUAGUUCUUGUAUCGAUCGUAAUCCCUGGAAAGGAAAGGAAAAGUGUCGUCGCUAUUUUCAUUUUCUUCGUUUUUCGCCCGUUAAUUCUGGAGAAUUUUAUGUAGUUAUUGAUCUUUUUUUUCAUGAUCUCCACGCACCUCUCUCUGGAAGUGACAUCAACGCAAACAAAAAGAUGCUGCACAGUGCCUCUUCUUCUUCCUCCAUCUUCCUCGACGAACAGCAACGAAGUGUUCCGGCGUCGCACGGAAGUAACCUACCAUGCUUGUGCGGCUCACCAGUAGGGCAGAUUGAGCUAAGGAGUGCCUUCGUCUGCCACCUGUGCCACACCGCAUUCCACAACUCUUGCGUCCGCUCGUGGUAUGCGGGACAACCGUCAAGACGGCUGAAGGAAUGCGAAGAGGCAAGAGCGCGCGACCUCUUCGUAUGCUCACGGUGUCGCCUGAAACACCUAGACCAGUUUGACUCCGUCUUAUGGAAAACAAUUGAAAUUGACAAUUUCAAUAUCGAAAACGAAAAAGAACUUACUAGAUGUACUAGAAACGAAAAAGAACUUACUAGAUGUACUUCUACUUACUUGCUUUCGGAAGAACAUGAUCAUGAUCAUUCUAGUACUUGUUUCAGAAUCAUGAUUAUAUUAGAUGAAGAUAUAGUUAUAGAUAUAAUAUAGUGGUCAUAAAUAGUACUUACUUGUUAGGCCACAGCUAGACGAGCAUCUGUCAUCUCGUCUCACCGGUACUACAGUUUCGUACAGAAUUACCAAGUAGAAGUACUUAUAGUUAUAUACAACAAGAACUUCUGUUGACGGCGCCAAGCAAGAUGAUGACUCGAUCUAUGAGGAUCUAGAGGUCGGUGUGUAUCCUUUGCUUUUCGUGGCUCUAAUCUGUGUCGGCGCUCCAGCUCCCGCGCGAUAUUUCGAAAGAAAUCAGCCUCGUUGUGUGGAUGUGAAUUUGGAGUUUGAUUCCGCGGAAGAGAUAGCGCAGAAGCGCGCUCAGGGUUUUAGGUACCUGAUUCGGUGCGUUCGCUGCGACGACUAUGACUUUAAUGGACCUUGCUGGCCUUAUUCGGUCCAGCUGUAUGUCAACGGCCUGGAAAAGAAGGAUCCGAAAAACCGGCUACAGUCGAUCAUCAGCCCGCCUGCCAUGGGCCACUGCCGGAAAGAAGAAGUAGGCCUGGACAUAACAAAUUACCUGCAAGCAGCGGCAAUGAUUAAGGCUCUUCGUCUCGAUAAUUCACAAAGGUGGUCCAUUAGCGUUCCUUUGCUCACUCCUGACAAGUCACAUCUGGAAAGAUCAUUCUCCUGGAAGAUGAAUCAUGAUCAUUCUACUAGGACGGUGCAACUAGUACUAGUACAACUAGUACUUAGUACUAGGAGCAGGUCGUACUCUAAGUAAAAUAUACCACCGAAAAAUUGUCGUGAUCCUUAUCGUCGAGGUCGACGUCGAGAGUAGUUGUACUACCUCAGCCUCUAAUCUUGGUGUUUCCGCUUCUUCUUCAAGUAGCCCCCCUGUAAACCGAAUUCGACUGGUUUGCCGUUUUUACAGUGGAGGGGAGAAAUUGGAAGGCGGCGAGCCCGGUCGUAGCUUUUGUGUGGGCAUCUUCACGUGUCGACCCAUGAGCGUGCAGGAUAUUCGCAGGCGAGUGCUGGAAAAGAUGCGGCUAGAUACCAGGAAGAGCCAGGACCUCGGCAGAACCUGCUACAACAGGGUACACCGACUUAUUGCUAACACGCAUUACGGACUCGUAGGCGGUGGUAGAAAUAGAAGUAUUACAGAUGGAGGCGGAGGAGCAGGACACGACGAUGAUGACGAGGUGAUAAUUCAAGGGGAAGAUGUUGAGGCGCGCUCGAUAUCCGCAGCAUGUCCUAUCUCAGGUGAGGUACUGCAGAUCCCCUGCUUAGGACGGUUCUGUGAGAGCGAACAUCUCCAGUGCUUUGACUUGGACGCUUUUUUACAGAUCCAGCAGCAGAUCAAGAACCACGCGCAGCGGUGGCGAUGUCCCAUCUGCCAGCGACGUUGCCGCCCGUUCGAUUUGCGCUUCUGUCGCUUCACCAAAGAGGUGAUGUUGUCAGCAGAGAAGAGAGUGAAGACGGAACUAGCUUUGAAACAUUUGCCAGAAGAGGUACUGGCGAAAGCUCGACCCCCUGGAGGUGGAACAGACCUAGAGGACAUCGACGUCCGCAAAGUUGAUAAGGAAGUCAAGGAUCUCUCCUCUCAGGCGGAACGGAACGACCUCAUUCUGGAGAACUACCAGAAAAUUGUCGUCAACAUUAAGGCAGAUUAUACAUAUUUUCGAUACAAUAAUAAUUUUUGAUUUUCUUGUUUAAGAACGUUGGUUUAACUUUAAGUGUAGUUGUAGUUGUAAAAUACUAGAUCAUAAAAUUUAGAAUAAAGUUCUUAAUACAACUACAACGCACUUAAAAAAUGUACGCGAGGAGAUAACGAUAGGGGAGUUAUUUCUGAGGAAGUUCUUUUAGUUGCUCUUCUAAUCUUGAAGAUGGCACCUGGUCUUUCGAUUAUGCUCUCCAGGUCGAGAAGGAGCGGGAAGAGAAAUACGGCGAGGUGGCCGCUAUUGUCGAUGAUCAUGCUGUCGUGCCAGGAGGUAUAGCUGCUGUUGUCGAUGAUCAUCCUGUCGUGCCAGCAGGUAGUACAGCUGCUGGUGUAACAACGUCUCGUACUAAAAACUCAAACUACAUGACUGGCCAGAGCGGGUUCGGGGAUGCAGGAAUCGGGGCUGUGGGCAGUGCAGGCAAGGGAAGCCCUAACAUCAAAGGAGCAACAUCGACGAGGAUAGCGCCAAGUAUUAAUGGAGGUACUCACGAGCCUGCUUUCAGUGGAAGUGGAGCAGCAGUACCAGGAGGUCCUUACGGUGUCGGGGGUUCUCUUGGUCGUCGUCCAACCCACGACCACAUGCUUGGUGGCUUCGAUGGAAGAAAUCAGCCCAGCAACGGACUCGCUGCUGGUGCUCCAGCACUGCAAAACAAGAGGCCAGCUUAUUCAGCGCCGCUCAGUACUGGAAUGCACGAAUCACAACCACGACCUAGCAAGUUGCAUAAACCGCUAGCGCCUCCACCUGUCGACAUUAUUGAGCUCGAUAGCGACAGUGACUGAAUCUCCUUGAGAUAAAGUUCAUCUCCUGUAAAUGAACAUUUUCAACAUGAAAGUCAAAAUGGCAAGUCGUUCAUAUGGUCAUCGCAGAACUGACAAAUCUAGAGAAAUGAUUACAUUGCUUUGUGUAGUGGGACCACGCACAGGGAGGAUUUGUUCUUUUCGUCACCUGAACAAGCUUACCCUUAUUCUUAUGAUAUAUAUUUUACUUAACAACUUAAGCAGCUAAAGCUUGAGCUUAAGCUUGAGCUUAAUACGCUUGGUAUCGGUUUCCAUCUAUCUAGUAAAAAUCCUCUUGUAUCUUCCCCGUUGUUGCAUCGACCUAUCCCAAGCCCAACAAUUUAUUCCAAGAAGAACUUCAUCUUCGAUUAAUUAAUCUUUCGAGCAGCUACGGGUACUACAGCAUGUUCUUCUAGAAUGCCUAGGUGGACUACCACUUACCAUGCAGUUAUGAGCACAAGGACAACAAUGCCCACAAGGAGGAUUAAUGUCCUUGAUGACCCGAAUUACGCCAGCACUAGCACUACUUUCGCAAGAACAUCUUCAACGCACUCAAUCCAAACUGAUGUAGCUUUCCUGUUGAACUUUGGGGACACGGACCACAGAGCAUCUAUUUUACCCUCUCGGUGGUUCUCUCUUCCCUGGUGCCUAAUAUGCAUGUUGCAAAAAAAAUAUUUCGAUUUUCCCGCAUAGAAAGUGCGACUCUUCUGGACGACGAUAUGCUGCGUCCUUACACGAC